UAGCUAAAGGAGACAGUAGAAAAUUCAAGCCUUUUAUGUCAAAUCCUUCCAGACCAGAAUAUGGGUUGAAGACUAUUGAUCAUGUAUACCUGGAUUGCACAUUUUGUACUGAUUCAGCAAAGACUUUUCCUUCAAGACAGACAAGUGUAGAUAUUACAAUAGAUUUGGUCAGCAGUUGGAUUGCUAAAAGUUCAGAGCACAAGGUAUUAUUUACUCUAGCUGGAAGAGGUUUCGGGGCAGAAUUUCUAUUCGUUGAAGUUUAUCGAAAAUUGAAGCUGCAAGUGCACACUUCAGAUUUUAAACAUCAAAUUUACAGUAAUUUGUCCGAUAUUAAAAACGCGAUUAGUCGGCAACGGACGACCAGCAUUCAUGCCUGUGAAACCAUGAUGUCAUCAAAGAAACAGUCACCCUUUUUUAAGGAUUCAAACAAGGUGCUCACAAUUCGGUUGUCAACUCAGUGGCAUUUGAUGGCGGGAAAAAACAUCGACAAUAGAGUUUUGGUUGGUGAGGAAGGUGGAAUCCAGCGAGUCCUGUUUUCGAUGCAUUCUUCACUGGAAGAGAUUCAAGAUAUGGUACAAACACUUCAACCGCGUAUUAAGGUUACGCCGAUCGCUAAGCCUGAUCUCGUCACAAAAGAAAAGAUUGCUCAACUUUUAGACUGCAAAGUUGCAAUGCCCACCAGUCAAUUCCGUUCCCGAAACAAUGAUGAUUGAUUGGAACCAAGGCCACUGGCCGCGUGGGAACCAAGGCCACCGGCUGCGUGGGAACCCAGGCCAUAGCCAGCGCGACUCUAGAGACGCCCCCCUGCCAAAGGGAUUAUAAAAAUUAGAUUAUACAAAUUUAAAUUUACUGUGAUCCGCAUACAAUUCAGU